AUGGCGACGGUCGUAUUAGGCGCCCAAUGGGGUGACGAAGGCAAGGGAAAACUGGUCGAUAUCCUCAGUGACACUGCACAAUUGUGCUGCAGAGCCCAAGGUGGUCACAAUGCUGGUCAUACGAUCGUGAAGAACGGCAUCACUUUCGACGUUCACAUCCUACCAUCCGGAGUUUUGACAGACGGCUGUGUCAACCUGAUCGGUACCGGCUGCGUUGUCCACAUCCCACAGUUCUUCAAGGAGCUCGAGACCAUCGAGAAGCAUGGCAUCAAGACCCACGAUCGCGUCCUGAUCAGCGAUCGCUGCCAUGUGGACCUGGACUUGCACACCAAGGUGGAUGGGCUGGAAGAGGUAGAACUUGGCAAAGGCUCGAUCGGGACGACUGGCAAGGGCAUUGGACCAACGUACUCGACAAAGGCCACACGUAGCGGCAUCCAUAUCGCGGACAUCUUCAACAAGGCUGAAUUCGAUCGGAAACUGCGUCAUCUGCAUCAUGGAUACAAGAAGAGAUACGGUGAUCUACUGCAGUAUGACUCGGAAGCUGAGAUCACCAAGUUCAAUGACUACCGCGAGCGUUUGAAGCCUUUCGUGGUUGAUCAGGUGCCAUUGAUCGAGUCUGCAGUCAAGGGCAACGUGCGCAUGCUGGUCGAAGGCGCGAAUGCUCUCAUGCUGGACAUCGACAACGGUACAUAUCCAUUCGUGACCUCUUCGAACACCGGUCUUGGCGGUGUUUUCACUGGGCUGCAUCUGAACCCACGUAAGAUCAAGGAGACCAUUGGCAUCGUCAAGGCAUACACUACUCGCGUCGGCUCCGGCCCCUUCCCAUCAGAGCAGAACAACGACAUUGGCGAGAAGCUGCAGUCAGUCGGCCGAGAGUUCGGAGUGACCACAGGCCGAAAACGCCGCUGUGGCUGGCUCGAUCUGGUGGUUGUGAAGUUCAGCAACAGCAUCAACUGGUACGACUCCAUCAAUUUGACCAAGCUGGACAUCCUGGACGAUUUCGACGAGGUCAAGGUCGCUACAGCAUACGAACACAACGGUCAGGAGCUCACAUCAUUCCCUGCAAAUCUCGAGAUUCUGGACAACAUGACUGUGAAGUAUGAGACUUUACAGGGCUGGAAAUCCAAGACGGUGGGCUUGAAGAGUUAUGAAGAGUUGCCUGAGAAUGCGAGGAAGUAUAUCGAGUACAUUGAGAACUUCGUUGGUGUGAGAGUGAAGUAUAUUGGUACUGGGCCUGGUAGGGAGAGUAUGAUUGUGCGGUAG